GAUCAGUCCAUCAGUUGAUCCCGCGUGUUGAUGGCUGCGCGUCGUUUCUGAUGGCUGAAUACCGCCAGAUGGUCCCUCUUCUUCCUCUGAGGGGAGGCGGUGGAAGGGAGGCGCAAGUGGUGGCACAAUCCUUGGGGGCAAGGAGCCCUGGACAAGUCCCCCCGAAUGCGAGACCGUGGUUGAGCUCCAGCCCUGCACAAAGUUUGCCCAGCGCCAGCUCGAUGAAUGGGCGCGAGUCCAUGAAGCCGGGUGCAGCGCCCCUGGCCCCGGACCGCGACGUGGUGCAGUUUUUGUCCACCAUCUUUUAUGUGAACGAGACCGAUGACGCGGCGGUGGUCCGCGCCAUUCGUGUAGGCAGCCUAAGAGGCAGCUGCUCAGUCAAGUGGUCCACGCAGGACGCUUCUGCAAUGGAGGGGAAGAAGUACAAUGCCGGCGAGGGCAUGUUGCACUUCGGCCCCGGCGAGUCGGUGCGAACCUUCGAGGUCGGCAUCAUCGACGACGACAACUUCGACACCGCCUUGGAGUUUGACGUUCUGCUGUCAGAACCCAUGAACUGCGUCUUGGACCCCCGGCUCUCGAUGAGCAGCGUGAUGAUUUUGGAUGAUGACCUCUUUCCAUCCAACAGCUUCAAAGAGGUGAUCGAGUUACACAGCGAGCCCGCUCUCUAUGAGACUGGCUUUUCGCUCCUGUGGGGCUUCAUUCGCUUUUGCUUCGUGCAUGUCCCGACGAUCCAGUGGAAAACAAUCCUGGUGCUGCUUCUGGCGAACCUUGGCAACGCCUACUACUUGGCAACGAUCUUCCUAAGGGUGUACCUGGUCGACACGGUGUUGAACACAGAGGACCCCAGUGCGGAGGACAGGCUUUGGGUCACAGGGGACCGAACCUCCACUGCCUUUUUGCUUGGCCUGGCCUGGGUGUUGCCCAACUUCAUCUUGCUGGGCACGGAUUACAUCGAGAUGAAGGUUUUGGAGAUGGGCUUCAACAUCAGGUACCACUUGCGAGUUAACCUCUUCAGGAAGUAUCUCCGCUACACUCCGGAGUCCAGAGCGGAGGUACCUAUCCAGGACUUGAAGAUCAGCAUCAUGGAGGACAUCCCGGAGGUUGUAUCGGAAGGCUACAUGGUGAUCUUCGAACUCUGGGCCAUGUUGGGCAAGAUUGCCAUGGUGUCCAUCUUCAUGCUGCGGAAACACCCCAGGAGUGCAAUUCCGUUGGUGAUCUAUCCUGCGCUGAUUGUGGUGUACUUGAUACGCACCUACAGGCGACGGCUGGACUUGAUGGCCAAGGAGGGUGAAGGUCAGAGCGACACCAUCGGAAGUCUGAUGCAUGUGCACAAUGCGCGGCGUCUCAUUGCUUGCUUCGACAAGGAAGCCUACGUCGUGCGACGCUUUGAGGAUGUUUUGCGACAGCAGCGCAAGUUGACCAUGGACUUGAAGUCCUUCGACUUCUGGAACGGCCAGCUGAUCCCGUGGAUCACGCUCCUGGCGAUCGGCACCUACAUAGGUAUUUCCCCCAUGCUGGUGCUGCGGGGCACCACCUCCUUGGGUGCCUUCGUCGCCACAAUCGGCGUGUACAAGGACCUUGGGGACCGGUUCUCCACCAUCCUCUCAGGUGUGGAAUCGCUGAGCAAGGCCAUCAGUCCGUUGGCCGGGCUGACCAUGCAAUUCAAUCUCCCCACCGACAUCCCGCAGCGGGCGGAGGUCUUCGCGCAGAGGCAGAAGUUCGCGCUGGAGUCCCAUCAGCAGGCGCCGAUGUUUGACUCCAUCCCCAUCGUUUUCAGCAACGUGAAGAUCGACCACUCGCCCACCAUGCAUACUGGAGCAGGAUGCUUAUCAACACAAGCGCCACAAGGCUCGGUGAUUCACGUCAUUGGCCCACACGACUCAGGCAAGGGUCAGAUCCUGAAGCGGAUCUGCGAGCUCCAGCCGGACGGCAGCGGCACCAUCAUGAUCUCUCCACACUUGCUGACUCUACAAGUGCCGCACGAGCCAUUGUUCAUGGAGUCUGCCGGAGUAUUUGGCAACCUUCACCUAGUGUCGAACGUGGAGAAGAACUUCAACCGGAACGUCACUGCUCGCGGCAAGCGAAUCAUGCAGCGCUUGGGAUUGGACAAGGAGUGGAUCAUGGCGGAGUACGAGUCUGAGGAAGCUGCCUAUGUGAGGGGAGCGGAGAAUGAGGUGGUGGACAAAGCCAUGAGCCCAUUUUCCUGCUACGAGGAGGAAGAAGAGGAAUCGGCCGAAGAGGAAGACGAGGGGAACAAGACCUGGGCAUCGCAGUUGAGCGGCAGCGAGAAGUGGCGGUUCCAGCUGGCCCGCGCCUUUAUCUAUGACCCCCACGUCUUGGUGGUACAUCGGCCAGUGGACAACCUGGACGACCACCUCAAGGAGACGGUGAUGUCGCUCUUCCUGGAGUUUGUGGAGAAGAGGGGCCUGGAGAACAACCUCGAGGACCUGGCCCAGACGCAACGCCGGCCCCGCACGGUGAUCUUCUCUACCGGAAGAGCUACACAGACCUCUAUCGCAGAUUACGUGUGGCACGUCACACCGGACGGCAUCAAGGUGGAGAAGGGCCCAAGGUCUCGACGAGCUGCGGGUGAGGCUAUGAUGCCGCCGGGCCCAGCAGUAUGACAGCCCGUCCGGCGGCCGCUGUUGCUUUCCGUUUGACCUGC